AACUUAAAUAUCAGCAGGCACACGCAACAGUUCCUUUCUAUCAUUUUAAGACCUUAGUGAGUUCACUUUAACCCUGAGACACUGAUAAGUGCAUUAUUUAAUUUAACUUUUUAGCUGUUGGCUAAAUCUUUUCUCACCACUUGGGCUUACUACUAUGAACACAGGUUAAGACUCUAAUGAAAAGUAGUAGUGAGGUAAGGAAAUGGACACUUAUGAAAAUUGUGACUUCUCCAAAAGGAAUAACAGUGAAAACCGUAAUUCUCCAACAGACGAAGAAACAGAGGAUGAUUACGAGAAUACGCAGCAAUGGCGUCCAAAGCCCAAACAAUGCACCGCUUCAUCAGUCAGAUUUGACUACAAGAUCAUUAUACUUGUUCUUGGUCUUCUCCUAAUGCUUGGUGCUUUAACGUCACUCUGUGCUAUAGGGAUCUUGUAUCACAGAAAAGUUGUUUCCAGUGAGAAACUAAGUGAGAAGUAUAAGAAUGCCACAGCCACACUGAUGGUGCUAGAAGACAAAGCCAAUGAAAAAGAGAGAAUGUAUGAAAUGCAGAAGGUGAAGCAUCAGGAGCUCGUCUCUACCUGCAAUGAGACAGAAAGACCGUAUAAAGAACUGAAGGUGAAGCAUCAUGAGCUCGUCUCUGCCUGUAAUGAGACAGAACAACUGUAUGAAAUGAUGAAGAUGAAGUAUCAGCAAGUUCAUGAACGUCUCUCUGCAUGUAAUGGUAAUCAGAACUGUAAACCUUGUGAGGAAGGAUGGAAAUCUCUUGGUUUAAAGUGUUAUCACUUCUCCACUGAGAAACUGAACUGGAUGCAGAGUCGAGAUUACUGUGUGGAGAAAGGAGGCCACCUGGUGAUUAUAACCAGCCAAACUGAACAGGAUUUUGUAUCUUCACAAAUUGGAGAAACACACUGGAUUGGCCUGAAUGACUUGGAGACUGAGGGAAAGUGGAUGUGGGUGAACAACCAGCCCUUAAAGGAGACGGAUGUAAUGUUCUGGUAUAGCGCUCCAGGAGAACAAAGUGAGCCUGAUAACUGGAAAAGAGAGGACCCUUCUGGAGAGAACUGUGCUGCUCUGGGGGAUGCACGUGGUAACAUACAUAAAUGGUUUGAUGCGUCUUGUAAAAAGAUAAAAAAGUGUAUCUGUGAAAAGUGAAAUGCUUCUUAUUUGCAUUUGUGCCUGAAAAUAUUUGUGUUUUCGAGAAAGUAGGAUAAUUUUAGCUUGAUGAGUCUGAACAUUUGAUAUUGUAAAGCAGCUAACAUUAAAUUUACCUGUAGUGUGAUUAUUAAACAUGUUCACAUUCAGCUUUAAAUCUAAAUACAAGAUAGUUGUGCACUUUUUUUGACAGAAGAACCGUCUGCAUCUUUUACAGAAUCCAUUACGUUUCAUUUUCUUCCACGUUGUAAAAUAUCAUUGUAUUUUUAGCUUGUCUUAACCUCUAGAUCAUUAGAAGAUGGUGUGAGAUCAUGUCUGUAGUUUUUCUCCUGCUGUCUUGUGGAAGUCUCUCAAAUUGUGCAGAAGGGAUGAACAGUAACUUUCUUUCAAAAGUUAUUCUCUCAGUUGGAAACCUCCAGAGCGUAAUAACAGAGCAGCAGAUUUUUCCUUUAAUUUUACACCCAUCUCUACACAGUAUACUUAUGAAUGAGCUGUGUCUAUUCUAACUAGAUGUCAUGUUAAAAUACUUUGAAUAGCAUUAAGGAAAAUUUAAUAAUUAAUAAAAGUGUGUGAAAAUA